AUGCAUCUCUCUCUCUCUCUGUGUCUCUCUCUGUGUGUCUCUCUCUGUCUCUCUCUGUCUCUCUCCCUCUCUCUCUGUCUCUCUCUCUCCCUCUCUCUCUGUCUCUCUCCCUCUCUCCCAGCUUUGACAUCAAGACGACUCUCUCAUUGGCAGCGCACCCCCGCACCACCCUCCUCUCUCUUCCGCGUCCCGUGUCUGAGUUCUCUGCGUGGUUUGGGAAGGCGCCUCGCUUGUGUCGCCGACGUGUUAGAGGGUGACGUUGUGCACCGGUUGCUGAAGCGUCAUCCUACGCCCAUCAUGGCUGGGCUCGUGCGCGGCGGUGCUUCAUCGUCGCCGCUGGCUGCGCCGGCGCAAAGCGUGCUGUCUUCUCCCAAGCUCACUUCGGAAAGCAGCGAUAGCAACAGCAACAACAACAACAACAAUAACAAUAGCGAUGACGGCGCUCCCAGCGCACCUACAAAUGUCCUCGCCGCAAACACCCCAACCUCAACCUCAGAACCAAUUUCAGUGUCCCCCGGCUCGAAUCACUAUCAGACGCUGCGGGGAUUGCGGAAUCGCCUUUUGAAAGCCACCCACACCGUAGACCCCAGACCCCGAUCCGCCCCUUCAAGUGGCGACGAGAGCGAACGCUCCGUCUCCCCUCAACAAUCUCCUCGCUCCCCUCGCUCCCCGCGCUUUACCAACCGGCCCCAAUGGCAUCUCCGUCUCCGUGCCACCAACUCAGACUCCUCCCUGAGUCAGGGGCCAAACUCGUUUGACUGCAGCGACGAAGAAGUCGCCAACAACGCCACCGUCGAUAACCCCGAACAAGCCGGCCGUCUACGCUCUGACAGCACCGGCUCAGAAGUGUCCAUCGGUACCGCCUGGGACAAUUGCGCCCCGUCUGGCCACGACAGCCCCAUCACUGCUCGCCCCGCCAGCUUGCACCUCUACGAAACCCCCAAAUCAUCCUCCCCACUCGCACACGUUCGCACUGUCCCGCCGAGCGAAGACUACCACCACGGCUUUAUCACCCGCCAAGUCGCUGAACAACGCCUCACCGCCUUUGGUCUCCAAGACGGCACCUUUCUGAUCCGCGAAAAGCAGGCCCGCCUCGUCUACGCCCUCUCCGUCGUCAGCGACGGCAAAAUUCAACACCACAUCAUCGAGCGCGCCGUGCGCAAAGAUGGCACCCUUGGAAGCCAUUACAUUCUCAAUGGCAAACGCCUGCGCGACUGUACCUCCUUGCAAGCCGUCGUCGACCGACUCAAGGGUUACAACAAGAGCAGUGGCCGCACCAUCCUGACCCGCCCCUGUCCGCCGCCAACCACAGUGGGCGGGCCCACCACUAGUAGUGCUGGCUCGCCACCCUCUCAUGAAGGUGGCUCGGACAAGUAG